AUGUUGACUGUCCAUAAAAUGCAGUUUAGCCUCUUCUUGCUGUUAUGGGGAUGGGUUUUGUCCACUGAAUGCAGAGCCCACUGGCAAGGAAAAGAAACACAUGAGGUAUACAAGAAGGGCAGUCGACCUCAAAGACAGAGACGGGAAGCACAUGGAGAAACACACAAGCAAGGCAGCCCCAUACUAAAACGAAGCCCUGACAUCACCAAAACUCCACUGACAAAGUCAGAACAACUUCUGAGAAUAGACGACCAUGAUUUCAGCAUGAGACCAGGUUUUGGAGGCCCUGCAAUUCCUGUUGGAAUAGAUGUACAAGUUGAAAGUUUGGAUAGUAUUUCAGAAGUUGAUAUGGACUUUACUAUGACCCUGUAUCUCAGGCACUACUGGAAAGAUGAAAGACUGUCCUUCCCAAGUACCAACAAUCAAAGCAUGACAUUUGAUGGCAGACUAGUGAAAAAGAUCUGGGUCCCUGACAUGUUCUUUGUGCAUUCCAAGCGCUCCUUUAUCCAUGAUACUACGACUGAUAAUGUCAUGCUGCGGGUCCAGCCUGAUGGAAAGGUGCUUUAUAGCCUCAGGGUCACCGUAACUGCCAUGUGCAACAUGGAUUUCAGUCGUUUCCCCCUGGAUACACAAACCUGUUCACUAGAAAUUGAAAGCUAUGCCUACACUGAAGAUGAUCUCAUGCUGUACUGGAAGACUGGGAAUGAUUCUUUAAAAACAGAUGACAGGAUAUCACUAUCUCAGUUCCUUAUACAGGAGUUCCACACCACCACAAAGCUUGCCUUUUAUAGUAGUACAGGGUGGUACAAUCGUCUGUAUAUCAACUUCACUUUACGGCGCCACAUCUUCUUCUUCUUACUCCAAACCUACUUCCCUGCCACUCUGAUGGUCAUGCUGUCCUGGGUGUCCUUCUGGAUCGAUCGCAGAGCAGUACCUGCCAGAGUCCCUUUAGGGAUAACAACGGUGCUGACCAUGUCCACCAUCAUCACUGGUGUGAAUGCCUCAAUGCCUCGUGUAUCUUACAUCAAAGCAGUGGACAUUUACCUUUGGGUCAGUUUUGUGUUCGUCUUCUUAUCAGUGCUGGAAUAUGCAGCAGUGAACUACCUUACUACAGUGCAAGAGCGGAAGGAGAGGAAGCUGCGAGACAAGCUUCCUUGUACCUGUGGAGUACCUCAACCACGGCCUAUGAUGAUGGAUGGAAACUUCAGUGAUGGGGAUGUGAAUGAACUGGGCCACUAUGUAUCCGAGAACGGUGAUAAGCAAGACAGAAUGAUGGUUCAGCUUUCACUUGGUUCUGAAAGGAGUUCGAACAGGAGGAAAAGUCCAAGAUACGUCAGCAUGCGGAUUGACACCCAUGCCAUUGACAAAUAUUCCAGGAUAAUAUUCCCGGGUGCAUACAUUGUAUUUAAUUUGAUAUACUGGUCCAUUUUUUCAUAA